CUUCCCAUGCUCCCGGUAUAUCGUCCCUGAGCUCCACCUCAAAGUUAAAUGUGAACCUUACAAUAUCAACCUCUGACUUGAGCCUCUUGCAACGCUCAUUUGUGCACGUGCGAAGAAUCACGCUCUUUACCACUACUCCUCUGCGAUAACAGGUACUGCGAGAUCGUGACAGGGAUCCUGAUAGGGCCGGCCACCAUUACCCUGCCGCCUUAAGCAUCCGGAAGUCUUGCUGCGUACCCUUGGAACAUUCAUGGGCGGCCCCUUGCCUCCGGUGGCCUGUCACUGUCGCUGACCGAGGGGGUCUUGAAUGCUGUCUCUGCGCCUGUGUGCUGUCUCAUUCGCCUUUCUCUAGGCUGCAGUGCAUGAUGGCUGACACAACCUCCAUGAGUAUCGAGGAGAUCCAGGAGGAGUUGACGGUGCAAAAGGUUGUCUUAGAGUCCCUGUCUGAAGCGACGUAUGAUGGGGCUGAGGAUAUGAGACAAGAUGCUCAUUCAGAGAUCGUUCGCCUCAAGAAGCUUCUUCAAAGCUUGAAACUGAAGAAGGAGCCUGGCAUGACUACUGGUGAAUCUUAUCACCGCGUUCCCGAAGAUCGUGUCCUUGGACCAUCAACUUUAGAGGAUGAAAAGCCUGAAGGUUCAAAAGCCAUGCAAUCUCCAUCACAACACGGUGUCUGGCGUUUACCUGACCGCAAAAGGUGCGCUGACUCAGCUCGCCUCUCCUUCUAUGACAAUCAUGCGAAGACACGCCGCAUUUCCCCUGAAGAAGAUAACUUCUCGACUACCUUGGUCAACGGAAAUGCUGAAGACCCUGUUGACUUCAUAGACCUUACUGGGGACGAUGAUGACAUAGAGUCCGACUUCAUCGCUGAACAGAUUAAGGCCGAGGAGAGACAAAAGCAGGAAUGGGCAGACCAACAGCUCGCGAGACAACUUUCGAGUCAAGGCCCUUCCAAUCAGAUUCCAGUCUCAGAAUUCUCUCAAAACAACGCCUUCACACGUCUCAUGAACAGUCAGCCUGCUCUUUCUACCCCAAUUGAUGACAAUGACGCAGAUGGCAACCUCUUUCAGAUCCCUGGCGCUUAUGAUGCGCGCUGGAAUGAUUUUUCAGGCGCCGGGCCAGCUUUCAAUAUCCCUCAAAGGCAAAUGGUUCCUCAGUAUAUACCUAAGGCAACUUCCUCGAACCACAAUGCCAUCAAGGAGGACCCGGAUCUUAUCUUCGCAGGAUCCGUUGCUCACCAACCGCCUACUCCUUCUGGUCGUCCAAUCCUGGCUUCCGGCAUGAACUACCCAGACCUGACUAGGCGUCAUUUUGGUUCGCCUCGUCCUGGCGCCUGGCCUGACCACCCUGGCCUACCUGGUUCUUUUUCAAACCCAUCAAGUCUUGCCAAUGUGAUCGGACGGACUAACCAAAUCGACUUCGUGAACGGGCUAGAUGCUGAUGGCAUGCCAAUAAAUCCCUAUUUGAUGGGUUUCGCGAGAGAGGCCACGGACAGUUUCCAUACGCCUCAGCUAGACCAAGGAGAACUUGAUGCUCUCCUGCAAAACAUCUCUGCUGAUAUGGAUCUUCCGAAGGCAGGUCUAGGUGAGGCACCAGAAGGGUUGAAGAGACCCCUGUAUCCUCAUCAGGACAUUGCUCUAGCCUGGAUGAAGAAAAUGGAAUCAGGGACAAACAAAGGUGGUAUUCUUGCUGAUGAUAUGGGGCUUGGGAAGACGAUUUCAACACUUUCGCUCCUCUUGGACCGCCGGUCACCUACAAGGCCAAAGACAAACCUCAUCGUUGCCCCUGUUGCUCUCCUACGUCAAUGGGAAGAAGAGAUUGCUACCAAGACCAAACCAUCACACCGGCUCUCGGUAUAUGUUCAUCACGGCAAAAAGGCCUCGAUUGAUGAGUUGCUCAGAUAUGACGUGGUGCUGACUACAUAUGGUACAGUGGCGCAAGAGCUCAAGCGAUUUGAAAAGAUCGUGGAGGAUCAUAAUGAAAGGGGAGGAAACAUCAACUGGAGCGACACGACUAUUAGUUCCAAAUUAUCACUUCUGCACCCGGUCAAGGCCCAAUUUUACCGUGUCAUUCUUGAUGAGGCACAAUGCAUCAAGAACAAGGAGACAAAGGGUGCCAAAGCUUGCACCCAACUGAAAUCGAUCCACCGGUGGUGUCUUACAGGAACACCUAUGAUGAAUGGGAUCAUAGAGCUGUACUCUCUUGUCAAGUUCCUGAGGAUCAAACCAUACUCGAAGUGGGAAGAGUUCCGACAGGGAUUUGGUGUUCUAUUUGGCCGCAAUGGAGACCCUAAGCACGUGGCCAUGGAUAAGUUACAAGCACUUCUCAAAGCCAUCAUGCUCCGACGUAAGAAAAGCUCAAAGCUUAAUGGUAAGCCUAUCCUUGUGCUACCCGAGAAGACGGAAGAAAUCAUCUACGCCGAAUUGUCCCCCGAGGAGCGUGAUUUCUAUUCGCAGCUUGAAAAGCAUGCCAGGGUCCAAUUCAGCAAAUAUCUUCGUGAGGGGACGGUCAGCAAGAACUACUCCAACAUUCUUGUUCUCUUGCUUCGCUUGCGCCAAGCAUGUUGCCAUCCACAUCUAAAUCUGGAUGUCGACGAGGCGGCCCCUUCGUCUAUCCCAGAUGAAGAUAAGAAACAGCUCGUCAAAGAAUUGGAUCAAGCCAUAGUGGAGAGGAUCAAGGAGGUCGAGGCAUUCGAAUGUCCUAUCUGCUAUGAUGCCGUUCAAUGUCCCAGCUUUUUCAUUCCCUGCGGCCAUGAUAGCUGCGGUGAAUGCCUCGUUCGAAUUGUAGAGGGCGCUUCGGCGGUCAAUUUGCAGGAAGGAAAUGAAAGCAGCCGGGCUAAGUGCCCCGUCUGUCGCGGCCAAUUCGACCCUGCUAAGUGUUUUUCCUAUGAGACCUUUCGGGAGGUGCACAUGCCGGAAACCGUCAAGCAAGAAUCCGGUAUGGAACCAGUUGACGACGAAUCUGACUCAGACGACGACUCAGAGACAGAGUCAGAGUCAGACUACGAGUCAGAUGAUGAGGUUGACAAAAAGGGUAAUCUCAAAGACUUCAUCGUUAAUGACGAACUUUCGGAUGAGGACGAAAAGGUAUCGGUCAAGAAAAAGCGCAAAGGAAAGGGGAAGGGGAAGGAAAAGUCAUUGGAUGUCAAGCCUUCCAUGCUUAAGACCCUGCGCAAGGAAGCUUACAAGAACCGCGACGCGUUCAAAAAGUACAUGCGUUAUCUGCGCAAGACUUGGGAGCCCGCCGCAAAGGUCACGGAAUGCAUGAAGCUCAUCAAGCAGAUUAAGGAAACAGGCGAGAAGACCAUCAUCUUUUCUCAGUGGACCCUGUUGUUGGAUCUGCUACAGGUGGCCAUGUCGCAUGAGAAGAUGGCUAAACCAGAGAGAUAUGACGGUUCAAUGUCAGCAACUCUUCGCAACAUUGCAGCCCAGAAUUUCCGCGACCGAAAGGAAACCAAGGUUAUGCUAGUUUCCCUGCGAGCUGGAAAUGCAGGCCUGAAUCUUACUGCUGCCUCUCGGGUCAUCAUUAUGGACCCUUUCUGGAACCCAUAUAUCGAGAUGCAGGCCGUCGAUCGAGCCUAUCGAAUUGGGCAACAACAGGAGGUGAAGGUGUAUCGCAUUUUAACCAAGGAAACUGUCGAAGAUCGAAUUGUGGACUUGCAAAACAAGAAAAAGGAAAUGGUAGAAGCUGCACUGGACGAGACUGCGGGCAGCAAGAUUGGUCGUCUCAGCAUCAACGACCUCAAGAAUCUUUUCGGAUUCAACCGCUAAGCGAUGUAUGUCGACCAACAAAAUAUCUGUCACGGCAUCAAUUAUCAUAUUGCACAGUAUCAGGGGAUGCAGCUUGCUUUUAAGACCUGGAUGAGUUAUGGCAGUUACGCGGCUGAGACUACCAUCACUGAAGCCGAACGACCACCUCGUGGCAUUAAUUCGACUACGGAUUUUUCUUUAUGCGAUCAUGUGAGAAACGGGAUAUGGACAAUGAUUCACCAAAGGGAUAUUUUGGAGUGUGAGCUCAAGGAAAAUGCUUCCAGUGGACGUUUGUCCACUGUUAAUACAGGUAGCGUGCAUGUUGCACCAGGGCGAAAACCUCGUAGAUGAACUAUGUCAAUGUUAGAGAAAUGAUUUCAGUACAUAUCACAUUGUUUCCGGUUUGGGAUGCAAAAAUGAGCG